AGAUUUCUUCGCAAUUUUGUCCAGUACGCAGAGUACAGCUGAGCCGACCACGACAACUAGAGUUUGAGUGAUUGAUAGACGUAACAGUCAAAUUAAUAAAAUUAUUAACAAAGUCUUAGUGCUUCUGGUUCAUACAAAAAUUUUUACUUCAAAAAGUAUCUAAUAUGUCCGCAGCUACAACACCAGCACCAUCCAGCGAACCACCAAUUGCUGAAGUCUCACAAUUGUCAUUGGAAGAUGAACCUAAAGUCAGUUUUUCAGAUCAAUUUAAAGCGUUUUCUAAGUUUGGUGAUAUAAAAUCUGAUGGCAAAUUAAUUACAUUGUCGCAGAGUGAUAAAUGGAUGAAACAAGCUAAAGUGAUCGAUAAGAAAAUCACCACUACCGACACGGGAAUUCAUUUUAAAAAAUUCAAAGCUACGAAGAUCUCCUUGGUAGAUUAUAAUAAAUUUCUUGAGGAUUUAGCAAAGGCGAAAAAGGUGGAACUAAGUGAAAUUAAGAAGAAAAUGGCGAGUUGCGGAGCGCCCGGUGUUCUACAAGUCUCUGCAGGAAAAGCAGCAUCGGCAGUGGAACGUCUCACUGACACCAGCAAAUAUACAGGAUCUCAUAAAGAACGCUUUGAUGCUACAGGCAAGGGUAAGGGCAUUGCUGGUCGCAAGGAUUUGGUAGACGCCUCAGGCUAUGUAUCUGGUUAUCAGCAUAAGGAUACGUACGACCAUGCCCAUUAAACGAAAUUCGGCGUCAUCUAUCCUGGAAAACACAUACAUACAUACAUACAUAUAUGUAUGAACAUAAAUUUUCAUAUGAAAAUUAACGUAAAUUUAAAAGUUUGUAAAAUGGAAAGAAUAUUUGAUAUUGAAGAAUUUGUCAUUCACUUGCAAUAGUGGCUUAGUUUCACCAGUAUUCAUUGCAGAUCUCUGAUACAUAUGUAGAUAUGUUUGUGGUAUAAACCGUGCAGUAAAAUUAUAUUUACCUCAAUGUGAUGGAACCAAAUCAAGACAUACUUGUACCCACAAAUCAAAAGAAAGCUGCACUAACUCAUAGCGGCGCUCUUUCACCCUGUAUCUGUCUCUCUCUACGUAACGAGCAUAGGAAAUUACCCCUAUGAAUCAAAAAUUUUGUCAAGACAUUACGAUAUAAAAACGAAGUUUUUCGAAUUGUACUCGAUGUGGUAGGUCAAGCGAAGCAUUUACAAAUAUGAUUCUAUUUACAUAUAUACGAUUGUUAUUUAUAAAGUACCCAUGAACACUUACUAGUCUGAUAAGAACACCUUAGUACUUUGCUGAUUUAAUAUUUGUGAAAAUUUAAGAAAAAUAAAAUAAAAUAUUUAAAUAGUUUCUAAC